GCUGUACUUUUCCUAGGCUUUGGUCCUUCCUAGAGGGGAAAAAAGGGGUUCCUGAAGUUGAGGGACAGCUGUGUGUGCAGGGGGAAGUUAUUACAAAUCCCAGUGUCUCCCAGCUGCUGGGAUGCCUCCACUUUUAACCCACCCUCUUUUUGGAGGAAAAACAGGGCUUGGAACUCAAGGGACAUCACACCUGACUUCUCCCUGCAGGGAAAGGGGCAGGGAUGACAGUGGUGACCUUUUUCUGUGUGCUUUCCAUGUGCAGGUGGCCGAGCAGCUCAUCAACCCUUUUGGGGAGGAUGAUGAUGACUUUGAAGCCAACUGGCUUAUCGACAGAAACCUGCAGGUGUCCCUCAUGGCAGUGGAUGAGAUGCACCAGGAUUUACCCAUUCUGGAGAAGGAUCUGUACUGGAACGAGCCUGAUCCCCAGCCACCCUACACUGCAGCCACUGCCGAGUACAAGCGCCCAUCCUUCCUGGGCUCCACUUUUGACAUCAGCAUGCAGAAGGAAGAGAUGGAGUUCCAGCCCCUGGAGCAGAUUAAAGAGAACGAGGAGGCCAACCACUCCACUCCCCUGCUGGGACACCUGGGCCGCCUCCUGGGUGUCCAGUCCCCAAACUUCUCCAGGUCCUCUUCCCGGAUGAACCUGCUGCGCCGGCGAGGAGAUCCUGCAUCGCCCUUCUCCCAUUAUACCUACCAGGACAUGGGGAAGGCCGGAAGUCCUUGUGGCAUCAAUCAGCCAAGGGGAGAUUCCCAGGAGCAGUGGGACAAUGAAGAAGGGAAACUAAGGGAGUUUGAUGCUUUCAUGUCCACCCCCUUUUACGAGAGGCCUGGGUUCUACAGCGCUCCACAGACGCCCAUCAGCUCCAUCCCCAUGAUCUUCCCUUCCCGACGCCAAGGGCGCAAAAAGCCACCGGCACUCUCCAGCAUCGCUGCGUGCUCCACUUCCCUUCGGGAUGUCAUUGUCAACGCCUCCCCUUCCAGGGCCAGCGACGUGGACAAGAGCCAGAGCUCCCUGGGUUCUGCUGCAAAGGAAACCUUUGUUUGGCCAACAGAGCGCAGCAAAGGUCCCGACUCCAUGGCUGUGAUGGUAGAAGAAGGAAAGAGCAGCUCCAGGGAAGCUGCCACCACAGGAAGCCCAGGAGCGCAGUCCACAGCAUCCAACAGUCCCAAAUUUCCCUUCCUGCCAGAGCCCCCUGAACACGAGAAGCAAGGCAACUUCAGAAGCCUGAAGAGCUCCAAAGCCUCACGCCCACCCUGGCUAAACCUGGAGAGCACGGCCUCAGCCACUCCCAAUUCGGAGCAUUCCAGUGCCUUUCACACACCCAGUAACAAAACCCCCGGAGGCAGCGCCUCCCUCUGCUUCUCCUUCACUCCCGUCACCUCUCCAGCCCUGGAAAGGUCCCACAAGGGGAACCUGGGCCCUGAGGCUCGCAGCCUGAGUUUGGAAGAUGCAGCCAGCGCUCCAGACCAGCACCCAGAGGUUUCCAGGAACAUGAGAGACACUGGGAAUGGAAACCCUAACCCCCCAGCUCCCAAAGAGCCCAGAAGAGCAGAGAGUCCAUCCCCCAACGACUCUGGAAUCUCCCUAGCUGAGGGUGACUAUGUGGGGCUGAUGGAGGUGAUCCUGGAGGCCAGUGAAAGCCCAGGGGAGGAGCAGAUGGACCAGUACAGCUAAAGAGGAAUCCAUGGAUCCAUGGGAUACAUGCCUUUUCUUGGCAGUCACCCAAACAGAGGUUUGCAGCUGGAGCCCAGCCUGGGCUGAAAUCAGCACUAAGGGCAUGCUGCUCUUGGCCUCAGCUACAGCAGCAGGCACAACUUGUGUUGCAACAAGAACAAAAGCACCAAAACCCCCCAAUCUGUAGCAAAAGAACAAUACUUUGAGUAUUAAAUAUUGCAGGUACCAGCCUGACCAGCCAGGUGUAGCCCAGAACAGGAGCACAGUUAAUGUGGAUAAUUCCCUCCUCCUCACAGCAACAAUGAGAACUUGAGUCCUUCCUUGGACAGAACCUGCACUCCUAGCAAGAUACUCCAGGGAAAAGAAAGGGACUGAAUAAAGUCCCAUUAUUUGUGAUGCAGACUCACAGUGCCUCUUCCAGUCCUGUAUGGCUGGUGUUUUCCAGUAUUGGGAAAGUACUGGGGUAAGGCAGGGCGAGGGCCUGCCAGCACAGGCAGUGCAGCAUCUGCCCAGCGCAUCACUUCCUUCUUAAGUUCCACAUCCCCCACCAUGAUUUGACACUGCUCAGAGAAAGCUGGAUGGCAGCAGACACCACUCAGCUGAUUUUUACUGCCCACCCUCAGAAAAUAAAAGCGAGGCACAAGCCCAGGACUUUGGUUUUGCUUCCUCAUUUUAGUUCCCUGCAAAGAAUUUAAAGAAACCACAGUUUUCCUACUUCUGCCUUCAGCAGCAGCUGUAAAUCCCCCAUGUCACACAACAAAUUAACCUCCCACUGUCUUCACUACAGCUGCCUGCUCUCCCUCCAAACUGAACAGGAAAAGCCAGCUGGAACCAAGUCACUUUAUUGGCUGGAGGGCAGUACAUAAAACACAAAGAGGGGGGAUAUUUGGUACAGAGAAUGGAACUGUUUAUCUAGGUAGCUGAAGCUGCAUGCACGGCUGGACAGUAAGUAG